AGGUCAGCGGCCCCCUGCGUCUCUUCCUCACUAGUCCUCGGAACUGGGACUCCCGUGAGGGUUUGAGUCUGACGCGGGGUGAGGCACAGCCUGGGACAGCCCGGUCCCAGAGCGCCCUGGCUACGCGAGGCCCCAGCCGUCGCCACCGCCCGCACGCGUUGCUGCGGCCUGUGCCCCGGAGAGCCGGGGGUCAUCGGUGCAGGCGUCAGUUCGUUCCUGUUCACGGUCCUCUUUACUACCAUGCCGCUGUACGAGGGCUUAGGGAGCGGCGGGGAGAAAACGGCGGUCGUGAUAGACCUGGGAGAGGCAUUUACCAAGUGUGGAUUUGCUGGAGAAACUGGUCCAAGAUGCAUAAUUCCUAGUGUGAUUAAAAAAGCUGGAAUGCCUAAGCCUGUCAAAGUUGUUCAAUAUAAUAUCAAUACAGAAGAAUUAUAUUCUUACCUAAAGGAGUUCAUCCACAUACUGUAUUUCAGGCAUCUGUUGGUGAAUCCCAGAGACCGUCGAGUUGUGGUUAUUGAAUCAGUAUUAUGUCCUUCUCACUUCAGAGAGACACUCACUCGUGUUCUUUUCAAAUAUUUUGAGGUUCCAUCUGUCUUGCUUGCUCCAAGUCAUCUGAUGGCCCUUCUGACUCUUGGGAUAAACUCUGCCAUGGUCCUAGAUUGUGGAUAUAGGGAAAGCCUGGUGUUACCUAUAUAUGAAGGAAUCCCAGUACUAAAUUGUUGGGGAGCCCUGCCCCUAGGAGGAAAAGCUCUUCAUAUGGAGUUGGAAACUCAAUUACUGGAACAAUGUACUGUUGACACAGGUGCUGCAAAAGAACAGAGUCUUCCUUCUGUGAUGGGUUCAAUUCCAGAAGGUAUCUUAGAAGACAUUAAAGUGCGAACUUGCUUUGUAAGUGAUCUGAAUCGUGGACUAAAAAUCCAAGCAGCAAAAUUUAAUAUUGAUGGAAAUACUGAGCGUCCUUCACCACCACCAAAUGUUGACUACCCAUUAGAUGGAGAGAAGAUUUUACAUGUCCUUGGAUCAAUCAGAGAUUCGGUCGUGGAGAUUCUUUUUGAACAAGAUAAUGAAGAGAAAUCAGUUGCCACUUUAAUAUUGGAUUCCCUUAUGCAGUGCCCAAUAGACACCAGAAAGCAACUAGCAGAGAAUUUGGUAGUCAUCGGUGGCACAUCUAUGUUGCCAGGAUUUCUCCACAGAUUGCUUGCAGAAAUAAGGUAUUUGGUAGAAAAACCAAAGUACAAAAAAACACUUGGCACCAAGACAUUCCGAAUCCAUACUCCACCUGCAAAGGCUAACUGUGUAGCCUGGUUGGGAGGAGCUAUUUUUGGAGCACUGCAAGACAUACUUGGGAGCCGUUCAAUCUCAAAGGAAUAUUAUAAUCAGAUAGGCCGUAUACCUGAUUGGUGUUCUCUUAAUAACCCACCUUUGGAAAUGAUGUUUGAUGUUGGGAAAGCUCAGCCACCUCUGAUGAAGAGAGCAUUUUCCACUGAGAAAUGAAAGUUUGAUUUAAUUUCAUCUUUGCUUCAUUUGAAACAUCCAAUCAAUUACAGGCAGAUUGUUCAAAGUAUAUAGGAUGCUGUUAAAGACUACGUCAGAUGAAACUGAAAGCUUUCUGUAAUUACUCUUUGUAUUAAUAUUUAAUUCUAUUGACUUUUAUUUCCCUUGGUUAGUGGUAAAAUGCUAGCUGAUGUUUCUGAAAUGUGUUGUGUUUAUAUCAAUAAAAUGCAGUAAAGCAGCUUAA